AUGCCAGAAAUAUAUACUCUUCGAACGCCUGAAAAUUAUAAUUAUGGUUAUCAUCGAAAUUCUUAUAGUCAACCAAAAGCAACUCAUUAUUCAAAAUCAAAUAAUGAUCAACAUACACCAUCAUCUAUUUCACCCAUGUAUAAUGAAACGACUUCCGUUCGAAGACGACCUGAAUUAUAUCAUCUUAGAUUUGAUAAAAAUGAUACUAAUAUUUCUAAUUAUCGUUCAUCACCCGUAUUUAUAGAUCACAAACGAAAAUCACCUGUAUUAUAUCAACCAUCAUAUUUACAAAAGCCAGAAAUGUAUUACAUAAGUGCACAACCUGAAUAUAACAAUAAUAUUUACGAACAAUCACCCUUAAAAACUACUAAAAUACAGUGGGAUGGUCCUACUCAGAAUAAAAUUACUAUGUAUAUGAUAACAACAUCAAAUGAAGGUAAUAUCUCACCUUAUAUAAUACACACUCCAUUGUCGUCUAUACAAUCUGCUAAGAAAAAACAACUCGUAACAUUUGCUGAUAAUAAUAAUGGUAAAUAUGAUCUAUCAAAUAGAGAACGUCAAUAUUCAAGAGCAUACUAUGAUACGUCACCACAUUCAAAAGCAUCAGAAAGUAUUCAACGAAGUAUGAACAAAUUUCGUUUUAAUGGAAAUUAA